AUUCCAUCAACACCUUCAGAAGAAACCUCAUCGAGAAUUCUCGUCGAUCACAACUAGCUGCCACUCUUUUAAGUCUUAACAUUUCCAAAGUUUCAAAGUUUCUGUGAUGACAAAGGUAUACCCCAACGGCGCUGCUGCAGCGGCCACGGCCAAUGUCGCCGCCUACGAGGCUGAGCAGAAGAGGAGGGUAUCGGGGUCCGAAGAGGCCACGGUGCUGACGGUGUGGAAGAAGUCAUUGCUGUUGAACUGCAACGGGUUUACGGUGUUUGACACCAAGGGAAACCUUGUCUUUAGGGUCGACAACUACUUGUCUGGCCGGAAAGGGGAGAUCGUCCUCAUGGACGCCCAUGGCAAGUGCCUCCUCACCAUCCGCCGCAAGAGACUGAGCUUGGGGGAUAACUGGGUGGUAUACGACGGAGAGACGGCGGAGAAUCCGCGGUUCUGCGUGAGGAAGAACGUGAACAUGCUAAACAACAAGUACUUGGCGCAAGUGAACAACAAGAACUCGGUGUUGUACCAGGUAGAAGGGUCGUACGCGCAGAGGUGCUGCGCCGUAUACGACGGCAAGAGGAGGAAGGUGGCGGAGAUCAAGAGGAAGGAGGCGGCCGUGGGCGGAGUGGCUAUGGGAGUCGACGUCUUCCGACUAGUCGUACAGCCCGAUCUUGACACGUCGGUGGCGAUGGCGUUUGUCAUCCUCCUUGACCAGAUGUACGGCUCCUCUAAGCGUUAGAUUACAUAUGAGUGUAUAGCUCAACCACCAUUUUCCCCUUGGUGGAUCCACAUCUUUCAUUUCUGUUAUCUUGUUGUGUAUCCUCAGUCUUCCCCCACAUACGCUUCUGUUGUUUUUUUUUUGUUUUUUACUCCCUUCUUUUUUUUUUUUUUUUUUUCCGGAAAAAAUCAAUGAAGCUGCUUGGUUUUUUCCUUUUAUAUAAAAAACCAGGCUUCGUGUGGGGAUGUAUAUAUUAGCGUCCAAUUGAGAAAAGCAAUAAACUCUUUGGUACAUUAUCAUAGCUUAGGUUUAGAAUUUGAGUGCGUAUGUAUUUAGUUUUAUUGUAAGUUUUUCAGUUCAA